AUGUCAAACUUAACUCAAUACUUAGAUGAGAAUUACCCUAGUUCAAAUAGGUCAUCGAUUAUUAAUUUAGACUUAAGUAACAAAAAUUUUGUUGGAAAUGUAGAAGAUCUCGAUAGUUCUUUCAUCAAUAGUGGUGGAAGUCACUCAUAUUAUAUGCUUAGAGAGUUAGAUUUAAGUAAUAAAAAAUACUAUUCUUCCUCCAAACACCGCACUAUAACAGGAACAACCUCUAACAAUAAUCCUGCAACGUCACACCCUAAUGAUAAUCUAGGUUUAAAAAUUGGUCUCAGUGUUGGCAUCAUUGCCGCGUUUUUGCUUGAACUAGUAACAUUUUUAUGUUACAAGUAUAAAAUCAGGAAAAACGAACUUCGAUACUGCGAAUACCAUGAUAGACAAAAAGUAAUGUUUUUUCACAGCUACUAUGCUGAUGAGGAAGACAUAAUUAAUGAAAAACUAUUUCCAUCUGCUCAACUUACAAAUUUUGCACUAAGUUCAAAAGAAAUUGUGUUGGGAUAA